CUUUCUGCAGUUGAUUUCGCUGACUUGCAGUCAUAACCAAUCGAGACUAGAAUAAUGGAUGCGCAUUUAAAAAAAGCAGCGCGAUUAUUACUGCGUUUUUAAAUCAAUAUACAAGCAGGACCCGCUAAUAGUUUCACUUUUUUUCUGUAAAGAUUGCAACAAAAAUCCUCGGUGCUCUGAAUUUAAGGAACACUUAUGGCUACAAAAAAACUGGCCAAAGAGCUCGGACUGUUGAGGCAGCGCAGUCAGUCCUCCACAGGACUAAAGAAAGCAGUGGUGUCAAAUCAAAUAUUUUCCUACCUGAUUGUGAUUGAUUUUGAGUCCACUUGCUGGAGAGAGAAAAACAACUACAGCCAAGAAAUUAUUGAGUUUCCUGCUGUUCUGUUGAACACGUCCACAGGGGAGGUCGAGUCUGAGUUUCACACAUAUGUUCAACCUCAAGAGCGCCCCGUUCUGUCCGAGUUCUGCACUGAGCUGACAGGGAUUACACAGAUGCAAGUUGAGGCAGGGAUCCCCCUCCAGAUCUGUCUUUCUCGCUUCAGCCGCUGGCUGCAAAACCUGCAGCUUCAGAUGGGUGUGGUCUUCCCCAACAGACAACAGAGAUGUUCUGCACCUUCACCCUCUCAAAAACUGUGUACCUUCCUCACAUGGUCAGACUGGGAUCUUGGAGUUUGUUUGCAGUACGAGUGUAAACGUAAGCAGAUCCAUAAACCUGAUGUUCUCAACAGCUGGAUAGAUCUGAGGAGCACAUACAGGCUGUUUUACAACAGAAAACCAAAAGGCCUGAAUGGGGCACUACAAGAUCUUGGGAUACAGUUUUCUGGGAGAGAACAUUCUGGUGUGGAUGAUGCCAGAAAUACAGCUCAGCUGGCAGCACGGAUGAUGAGGGAUGGGUGUGUGAUGAAGAUCACGAGGAGCCUGGACAGGACCCCAUCAACGGUCAAACCCAUGUUUGGAAACUCAACCUGUCCUGCACACAAGACAGAAAACCCCAACACGGAUAAAGAGGAAAACACGAGUACCACAAAUAAACCCUCAUCAUCCAAGAUUCCUGUCAAAGCUGGUCAGAUAAAAUUAUGUACAAAGAGCAAUACAAGACUUUUAAACACAGAGGACACCUCAAGGUCAGUUCAAGAAUCUGUUCAAAGCCUGGUCUCACCAAAGACGCUGCUGAAUGGUACAACGACACCACUAUGGGGACGCAUCAGCAGCAUCAGUAGGAGGUCAGUUACAGCAAAGGUUGUCACUAAUAUUUCCUCUUCAGUUAUGAGCAUCUGUCCUUCACCACACAACAACAACAACAACAGGCUUCUUAUGUGUUCUACUACUAUUGGCGGCCUCUCCCACCCGCCUCAGCAAAACCAGACCUCAAGAACAGCGGGACUUGUGAAGGACGAGGAAGGCGCAGAACUUAUAGUGGAAACCGAGGACAGGUGUGGUUCAUAUGACGAUGUGGUGUUGGUGGGUGACGAUGCCAGCAUCGAAACGGAUAGAGAAUUAGAGUACGUAUCAGAUGUUGACGGCAGGUGUUAUGUGUCGGAAGAGCCUGAUAAUUCAUAUUCACCAGCGGGUCAGGUCACAUUAAGGGAAACUAAAACUCAAAGGAUGGAGACCAGUGAGUCAUCCACAAUGUCUGACACUACAAAAAGGGUAAGAUCCCACAUUAACGUCUCUGGUCAGUUUAAUAAGAUGACUCAUUCAAGGAUCUCAGAGCCGGAAGCUUACUUUGCUGUGCCUAAAACUGUUACUUGGAGCUCCAAAUCCAAUCUGCAAAAAUCAAGAGCGAAAACCCCUCUGCUGCGCCAAGAGAAGCCACAUGUGUCACAUGAAAACUCUAAAAUAAACACACCCUCUAUGUUCAGGCUGAAGCCCUUUGCCCCAGAGAAAACUUCCACCCCUAAUACCUCAUUUGUCAGACCCAGAGCAACCAUCACACAACACACAAAGACUCCAAAGUCAUCCUUCAGCAUCUACACUGACUCAGCAAAACAGGCUCCCUCCUCACGUGGUUCUCUUAAUUUCUCCAAGAAUGUUCUUUCCUCUUUGUCAACCAACACGCUCUCCUCAUCUACCAAUCGAUCCUUCGUUCCUGUGACAGUGAGAGGAGGAGGAGGAGGGAAGAUCACCUCCCCGUUGUGUGCGUGUGGCCGCCGUGCAAAGCGGCAGGUUGUGUCCAACGGUGGUCCGAACCAGGGCAGAGGGUUUUAUUGCUGUGCGGUCCGCCGGUCGAGCAGCGGCAGGAUCCAGAAGGGAUGCGAGUUCUUUAAGUGGGAGUCUGCGCUGAUGAAGAGCAGUUCAGUGGCUUCUCCUGCUGUCAGGUCCUCUGUCUCACUGUGUCACAUCAACUCAACUCUCAGCUGCCGUCCACCUCAGGGGUCAUCAUUAAGAAAGAGCUAUUAAGAGCUGUAAGCUGUAUCUGCUCCGUUCUACCUCAGUCACAUAAACUUUGAGACACCUUGAAUGCAAACUGUGGUCAGUUCUCACAAAGACGUUCCUGCAUUAAUGUAUUUUAUGCAGGAAAAAAGAAAAAACUCUGAACAGAUUUUAUUGGAGAUGAGGAUAGGUUUUUUUUUCUGCUGCUACUGUUUGCCUGUUUUUCUUUUGACACGUAAACGCCUAAUUAAUUGAUUUCAUUUUGAAAAAUUAAUGUUGAGUCUUCAAGUUAAAAUGUCAUAAAGCCAAUUGUUUGCUUUUAUUUAUUGCAAACGAAAUACUUGAUAAUGAAUUCAGUAAUAAUAAUUGUUGUCAUUAACUAUUUAAUUUUUGAAAAAAAUAGCCAAUAUAUUCAUCUAGAAUGAAUACUAAUAAUUAUGCAAAAAUGAGCUGUGUGCUGUACAGUAAAUAUACUAUUUUGGAAAUGAGAUUUGGAGAGCAAAUAAAAUGUUUCAAGUC